AUGCUCGAUAUGUUAACGAAUUCACAGAAAGGGAAGGAUAAUUUUUGCAAAUUAGCAAUAGUGAACUCUCAGCUGUUUCGCGACCUACUUUCCUAUGACGUUGAGUUCAAGGUCCUUCUAACGGGUACUCCACUACAGAAUAACCUCGAGGAACUUAUCCAUCUGCUUCACUUUCUAGAUCCCAGGAAGUUUGGAGACGUUCAAGCUUUAAGCGCCCGGUGGGCGUCAAUGACUAAGGAGGAGAGGGCUGAGGAUCUGCAGAUUACACUGAAGGAUCAUCUUCUGCGUAGAAUGAAACGUGAUGUCAUUAAAGAUCUUCCAAAAAAGACCGAGAUUAUUGUCCCUCUUAGUCUGACUCCGCUGCAAAAACGUAUCUACAAAAUGGUGCUGACAAAGAACUACGAAGCUCUGCGCACGCGGAACUUAAUGAACCCGUUGCUACAUCUGCAGAAGGUCUGUAAUCAUCCGUACCUCAUGCCCUCUGGAGAGGCGAUGGCUCCACGGGUACCCAUUCCCUCCAUUGGUACAGCCCAUGCCAUUGUUUCGAUGUACGAGCCGCGCAUGCUGGUUGAGUCUAGUGCAAAGCUGCAUCUGGUUAUGCGGAUGCUUCGACGUCUGCGCGACUGUGGACAUCGCGUUCUUAUCUUCUCUCACCUCGUCAGCAUGCUCGACCUUAUCCAGAUGGCACUUUAUAAUGAGGGGUACGCGCCUUCUUUUCACUUAUGA